UAAAUUGUAUUCAUGAAUCGAAUGUUAUCUUGAUCGUUAUUAAUGUUUCUUGAAAUUGCACUAUUUUUAAUUAUUCGAAUGUAACGUUAAGUGAUGAAAAAUUUAUUGUACAUUGACAAUUUGUGACGUAAUAACCACUUGAUUGAUAUCACUGUUCCACAAAGUGAGAUCUAUUCGUAAGAAUUAUUAUUAUACUUUCUCUAGUAGAUUCUUGUACAAUUGAAAUGAUGACAAAUUAGAAAAUGUCGUGUAAUACGUGUCAAACGAAGUUUUCAUUCUUUAAAAAGGAACAUGCUUGUCCUACUUGUGGUUUCUCACAUUGUAGCAAGUGUCUAAAAUAUCAACAUAAUGUACCAAGUAAAACAGUAAAGAAGAUCUGUGGACGUUGUUACCACAAGAAUAAAUCUAUAAAUAAAUUAAGUAACAAUAUGGAAUCUCCACCUUCUGAUUCUUCAGAGACUCCUUUAGCUCCAAUUGACAUUGUAAGGAAAUUGGAUUCUUUAGAAAAUCCAGCUAAGCCUCCUAUCGUUAUGUACACUCAUGCGAAUCAUUGGGAUAAAUUUAAAACUGGUAUGGAGCCUGCCGAUCAAGAAAUAGUAGAUCGAUUGAGAAAAUUGAAAGGAGAAGAUAAUAAAGUACGACUUCCUAGCAUAGAAGAGAUCAAGAGAAGGUUGGCAAUAUUGAAAGACGAAGAACCCGAAGAGAAAACCAUAAAUAUUCAUCAAGUAGAUAGCAGAACGGAUCAAGAGAAAACUGACGAUUUAAUAAAAGAAUAUCUUGAAAGACUUAAAUUAUCUUCGAAAAGCAAUGCCGAUAAAGAAAUUGAAGCACGACUGCGAGCGCUACAAGAUAUUAAUAAUUCUAAAUCUAACUCCAGUCAAAGUCAUAGUUGUAAUGACUUUGAUGACGAAGAUGAACAUGCUGUGACGAAGAAAAUCAUUGAAAAAGCAAUGGCUGAAGUAGCUCUUGAACAAAAAUAUGACGACCUGGAUGAACUUGAAGAAAUGGAAGUAGAGACUGGAACUCCAAACGAUGACGAAGAUGAAAAACCUUCCUGCGUGAUGUGCGAUCAAACGGUUGAUUUGAUGAAAUGCAAAGGGUGCAGUGGUGAUCUUUACUGUUCAAUAUGUUUCGAAGAUAACCACGAUGACUUUGAAAUGAAAAAGCACAAAAAAGUGCCUUUUAAGCCUACGAACGGGAUGAUUCCAGAAUAAAUAUUUUACGAAAUAUUAAUCGCAUAAAGCAAAACAUUGGUCUCUUUGAUAUUUGGGACGCUUUUGAUAUUCUAUGCACGUUCAAUAUCACUUGCUCGUCAUUUUUAAUAACUUUAAUAUUACAAUAUUAUAUUUUAAACUAUAAUAAAUGCUUAAACAUUAUCGGUCAACAAGAAAUCAUAUGAUGUGACUUUGGAUGUAACGUAGACUUUCAUUAAUAUUUUUAAAAAUGGUCGGAAAAGAAAAAUAUACUUUGAUUUCUAUAAUCAAUUAUUAUUUCGCAUAAUUUAGAAACAAGUGCACUUUUAAAUGUAGUAUGUUUUAUGCUACACAUACUGCGAACAGUAAGUGUUCAAUAAGUAGAUUCAUAGAGUUUUUGCAAAUUAUUUAUAGAAAAAGCUUUAACAUAGAAUAAAGAUUCCCAUAAGACAAAAAAUUUAACGUAGUAGUAAAUUUAUACAUAUAAAAAAAAUUAUAACCAUGUAGUAAACUAAAAUUGCACAACUAUUCUAAUAAAUUAACUUACAACUACAGCAAACAUUUUAAAAGUCACUAAAAAGAAAAAGAGAGAGAAAUAGAUAAUUAACAAUUCCAAUAAUUUUCAUACUAAUUAAUACAAACUUGGAUAUCUUUGAUCCAUACAAUAAUACUAUGUAUUAAUGUACUAUAUAAGUAUUGCAGAUGUACUUUAAAAAAGAAAACGAAAAAAAGAGAUCUACUUUGCAAACAAGUAUUUUUUUAUACUUAUUUCAAACUUUUAAUAUAUGAGAAACAAUACUUGGUUUGCUUUUUGAAAUACUUAUGAUUACUGUACAUAUUAUGUAUAUUUCUAUUAUGUAAGAUUUCAUCAAAAUGAUUACAUAAAAAUAGUGUUAAUUAUUACCAUUAUAAAGAACUUUCUUUACUAAAAUAUUAUUAAACAUAAAAAAAUAUAUAUGUACACACACACACACACACACACAAUAAUAGCUUGCUUUAAUAAUAUUGAAAUUUUGUCAAAUAAGAUAUAUUAGAAGCGUAUAUAUAUUUUUUUUUAUUUCUUAGAAACCAAUCCUCAAUAAAAUAAAUAUUAAUUUUUUUAUAUAGUUAUACAUUUUUAAGUGAUGAUCAUUUUCGCAUUUAAUCAAUCUUAUUCACAAUUCUGAUAUGCGAUCAUCGUUUAUUUCCGCCAAAUUAAAUGUACCAAAAAGAUAAAUCCUAUAAGUAGUUUCUCACAAAUUGUGAAAACUUCGGGAAUCAUCGGCUAUACUCGACUAUAUUCGACGUGUUUGAUUGGGAAUCACGGGAUUCCCCAAAGGAAGAAGAAGAAGAAGAAAAAAGAAAGAAAAGAGACGACGUUCGAGCUCAGGCGUCGCGACGCAAAAACAUUUACUUCUAACAGUCUAAGCACUGCUUACUAUUUUUAGAUCUGUCGUUUCGCUUGGCCAUGCCAAGCUUUCAAAUCGUACGACGGCGUUACGAAUCAGCUUCGAGAAUUCGUCGAAUUGUUACAUAUAUAUAUUAAAUACCAAUUUUUCAUUUUAUCAAAUCAUCUUCUUUUUUUUUUUUUUUUUGGAGAAUCCCCUUCAAUGAUAUCAAAUUUAGAUUAGAAGAUAAAAUCUCGAAAUGAGAAAUAAAAAUAACACACACAUGUGUACAUUUUUAGCCAAAAUAAAUACAUAUGUAUAUAACUCAACAUAUUACAAAUGAUUAAUCUAAAUUAAAAUAUAAAUCAUCUUAUUUUUAAUCAUUCAAUUAUUCUUCUACAUCUUCUAAAAACACAUCGCUUAAUAUUUAUGAAAUUUUUUGAGUUUAAUUCUAGAUUUUACAUCAUUCAAGAUGAUUUUAUGUUUUUUAAUAUUUGGAUACUAAUUAAUUAUCAGUAUUACUCAAUUUUUUUUUCUUUUUUAUUAAUAUGUCUAUAUUAUUUCCUUUACAUUUUUAUAAAGUGUACAAACACUUGGUACGAAUGUUUAAAACAUAGGCGGUCAUUUUAAAUAUUUCUCUCAUACGGUAAAAAAAUAUUGACCUUUCUCAAAAAAUUAAAUAAAAAUUUUCUAAUGACUAUAAAUCGAAUAAUACGAAAAAAAGAAUAACGUCUUUCAUUUCGUUAUUUAAUAAUAAAAACAUUGAAAAAAAGAGAAAAAUAGAAAAUUGUCAACGAACGAAAUUCGUUGGCUGAUCGUAAAUUGUACGACGUAAAUAUAACCUCCCUACUGGAUAUUUCGGACUUUGGGUAUUUCUGUGAAACGAAAUGAACGAGCAUAGCAAAAAGCUUGGAAGAAGCAUUUUAACACAAGCGAAACAUAUAUACAUACAUACAUACAUAUAUACAUAUGUAUAUAUAUGUAUACACUAUAUACAUACUCGAGAUGAAUUCAUUUCUUCGUAUAAAAAAAGAGCAAUAAAAAAAUUUUCCUUCGUGGUUCUCUCACUUUUGCUCUCACUGGGACUUCCCUGAACGUGGAUGCGCCAUAAUGAAACAAUUCUAAGGAAUUUGGCAGUAAACGAAACUUUUGCACGUGCCGGAUGUUGUUAUUUGCAGGUCGUUGGCGUUUUCAUAUUACUGUCAAUACAAGAAGAAGCUAGCAAUCGAACAAUCUUAAUUUCGUCUAACAAUAAAAAGUCGGAAAGUAUUUUGUAAAAAAAAAAAAAAAUAAUAGGAGAAAAAGAAUAAUUACAUAAUUAAUUAAAACGAUCAUGUACAUACAAACAUUUAUCUACACAUUCAACAAAUUCAAUUUUCUAUAAAAUUCAAAAUCCUUAUAUAAUUUUAUAUAAAUUUAUGAAUAAACAAAACAGAGAGAGAGAGAGAGAGAGAGAAAGAGAACGAAAAAAAAAUGUUGAUCCAACUGAUGGCCGAACUUUUGGCACACUUGAUAUUUAACUGUUUCUAUUUUUAUAUUCGAGAGAUUGUGAUAUUAUCUUACAAUUUUACUGACAUUUCGUUUAACACUUCUUUUUUUCUCUCUUCUCAUAUAUGUUAGUUUUUUGUUCUCUCUCUCUCUCUCUCUCUUUCUCUCACUUCCCUUUAUCACUUUCUCCAUGCAAUUCCAUAGUUCUUAAAAAAUAGUUGUAAAUUGUACAUCGUAAAGCUACAAGUUUAAGAAUUUUUUUAGAAUCUGAAAAAAAUUAGCUUACAUAAAAUAGAAACCUCGAAACAGUUAGUGUCAUUUGAUUCUCUUCAUAUUGAAUUUCAUUGUUUGAAAUUUGGAAGAAAUAUGUUAUGUUGUAAGAUAAGUAUUAUAUAUAUAUAUAUAUAUAUAUAUAUAUAUAUAUAUAUCGUGCAUUUGUAUUGAUAUAUUUUAAAACAAAUUUUUUUCUUUUUUUUUUUUGACACAUUUUUUAUUUUUAUUUCUUUUUCUUUUUUUUCUUUUUUAUUUUAUUUCAUUUUUAUACGAUUCUGUUGUCUUAAAAAAAAAACAUGGGGAACUAAUUUAUUCUAGUUUACUUACUCUAUUAUAUUAUCAGGAUCCGUCGUUAGAAAUUUGUAAGAAACAAUAAAAACAUUCUUGUAAAAGCUUACAAGUCAAGACCAGUCUAUGUAUUUUCACUGAAUUUCGUUUACUCGUCAAAUUAUUACACGUUCACCAAAAUGUUGUAUUAUUAUUAUCAUUAUUAAUCUUAUUAUUAUUAUUAUUAUUAUUAUUAUUAUUAUUAUUAUUAUUAUUAUUAUUAUUAUUAAUAUUA